ACUAGCAGUUAUGCUCAUGGGACCAUGAAGGUCAACUACUGAGUAUAAGCUGAGUGUAGCAUAGGAUUACUUUCUUCUUGACCAAAGUCAUUAAGUCAUUGCUCAAGCUGCAACUCUGUGUAUUAGUUACUGCCAAGAGUCUGUAAGUGUUCAUGGGCCUCAUUAAGCUCUGCCUUCCUUCUGCUUUUUGGAGCCUGGCCUUUGGUUGGCCUUGAAUGAAGAGUGGGGCCCCCAAAGUACCACUGUCAGCACUCUCCAGCAUCAUCUGGCUGUCUGGCACCAUCAAAGAAUUGCAUUUCUGACCCAAGAAGAGCUUAUGGGUGGAUGGGGGUGGGAUGGAGGCUGGGGAGAGGAUUGAUGCCAGCCAGCUGCCUCACGGGGUGCUGGAAACACGUGGCCAUGCCAUUAGCAUCCUGUUCGGCUUCUGGACCAGUUUCAUCUGUGACACCUACAUAGUCCUCCCCUGGAUCAGCAAGAUAAAAGGCAGCCCUGAUGUUAGUGCCUCCUCUGAUGAGCCAUACGCAAGAAUCCAGCAGAGCAGAAGGCAAUGCCACGCAGAAGAGGACCAAAGUCAGGUGCCAGAAGCAGGUGACAUCUCCACUCUCAGUUCUUUGGAGGAAGCUAUUUUAAUAGAACCACUUUACUGCAGCUAUUUUGACAUGAGGAUAUUUUGGUAUGGCUCAAAAAUUCAGCCGAUAAAUGUUCAGCUUUUUAAAAAAUAAAUGAUGAGUAAAAUAGG